GAUUAACAACAAACUUCUCCAGCACCGGCCUCAAGCAAAAUGCCUAUCCCAUGCUGGAUUAGACAACGGGGCUGUAUCCUAAACUCACAAUUAAUUGUGGCUGAUUAGCAACUUGCAGUGCACAGUGACACACAGAAGGAAUAACAAUAACGCAUAUUUCAUAAGUCAUGUAGUAAAAAGAAAAAGCUACACUAAAGGAAAAGUAAAGCAUUCUUGCAAUUAACUGUACCCUUAUGAUUUAGUGUGGAGAGGUAUUCAGGAUUUAAAAAAAAGCAGGACUGGAUCAUUAUCUCCCUUGUGAUAUGGGAUUAAGUGGCAUCUCUAAAAACCUGAAAUGUGAUGUUUGCAGAGGAGCCCAUUUACAUGUACCACUACCAGUAUAACCCACGUCAGCCCCUAGAUAUGGAUGCACUGAGGUGAAGAGUCAUUGUAUUUCAGGUUCUGUACAUUUCCCAGCCCAGAAUGGGCACCCUCUGCACAGCGCUGCUGUCUUUGCUGCUCUUGCCAACCAUCACGACAUCUCAGUGUCCGAGCCUGCCCCCUAGCUUGACUCUGGACACGAAGGUCCGGUACCAGUUUCCAAAUUUCACAGCUUCUCGACCCAUCCAGAACCUGGUUAGCUUUGAGGACUCGCUUUUCCUGACCACUACCAAUCACUUGUAUGUUCUCAAAGGCAAUGAACUUCAUUUGUUACAAAACAUCACCACUGGUCCUACUGACUCCCAGUGUACUCUCUGCUCCAAAUGCCAAUUGGGAGAAGCUUUACCAAAGCAGCCCGAAGAUACUGUGAGCCAAGUCUUGGCAGUAGAUCCAGAGGAAAGUGUUAUAUACAGCUGUGGAUCCUCUCUGCAUGGCCUUUGCUACAUGCACAUAAUUGCAUCCUCAAAGAUUGUUGAAUCUGAGUGCCUUUUCAGGCAGAGUGGAAACAGUGCCUCUUCAUGCCCAGACUGCAUAGCAAGCCCCCUUGGAACAUUGCUAUCAGUAGUGACACAAAGCAGGGGAGUGUAUUUUUAUACAGCAUCAUCACUGGAUUCCCGCAUUGCUGAGAGUUACAGCCCAACAUCAAUAUCUAUAAGGCGCCUCCUUGGCUCUCAAGAUGGCUUUUCCCCUGGCUUCCAUUCACUGUCAGUGUUAGAGUCAUACAGGGACUCUUACCCCAUCCAUUAUGUGCACACCUUUGUUAGUGGAUCAUAUGUUUAUUUCCUGACUGUCCAGCCUGAACACCCACUUUCCAACACCUAUCAUAGCAGGGUGGUGCGUCUCAGCAAGAAUGAAGAGGAAAUGCGAAGUUACCGAGAACUGAUUCUAGAAUGUCGCCUUGAGCCUAAGCGAAGAAGAAGAAGACGAAGAGCAGAGCCUAAAAUUUUCAAUGUUUUAAAGGCAGCGCAUGUUGCCACUGUAGGGAGCACACUAGCUGGGGAACUGGACAUAAGCGAGAAGGACCCAGUGCUCUUUGCUGUUUUUGCUCAGAGUGAGCCAAAGAGUGCACAACCCCGCUACAAUUCUGCAGUCUGUGCCUUCCCUCUUCGCUUAAUUGAUCUCUCUAUUGAAGAUGGGAUGAAUGCAUGCUGCUCCAACACAAAUUCUGUGAGGUUGACGAGGGGGCUCAAUUUCUUCCAACCAGAGAUGGACUGUCCCCAAAAAGACAACCAGUCUGACACAAGCUGCAAGAAUGUGCCCACGUUAGUCUUGCCUCCUUUACGACGUGUUGAUAUAUUCAAUGGGCAGUUGGACGGGGUACUUCUCACCUCUGUCUAUGUUAGUCCUCAGGAAGAUUUAACCAUUGGCUUCCUUGGUACUUCUGCUGGAAGGCUGCUGCAGGUGGUCCUGCAGCGCAACAGUAACCCCCGCACUCUGUCAAACUUCUCUAUAAGUGAUAACUAUCCUGUAUCACGCGAGGUCACCCAGAUUGGAGACAGCCUCUUUUUUGUCACUGGAAACCAGGUGACCAAAGUCAAUAUCACAGGCCCGGGAUGCCGCCACUUCCUCACCUGCAGCAGAUGCCUACGUGCCCCUCGCUUUAUGGGUUGCAGUUGGUGUAAAAAUGUCUGCUGUCAGCAGGGAGAAUGUGAGGGAGAGUGUGCUCAGAAUACCUGUCUUCCUGCAAUUACUGACUUUUAUCCCAAGACAGCACCAUUACGUGGGAACACGAAUAUCACCCUGUGUGGCCGAGACUUCCAGUCCAGUGUUGUGUAUAAUGCCCCUCCAAAGGCAAAGAUCACAGCAGGGACUCACAGAGUGAGCGUGGGACCUCGCACGUGUAUUGUUAACCCCGGAAAGAGCAAUAGUACAAGUUUGGUUUGCACAUUGCAGACGGAGGGGCUUCCUGACACUGCAUCAACAGCAGAUAUUGCCUUAACUAUUGAUGAGAACCUAACGGGGACCCCUUACUACAUAAAAGGAACCAUAUCUGCUGCAGGCUUUAACUUUGUGGAACCAGCUAUUACCUCUAUUGAACCCAACUUUGGGCCCCUGGCUGGAGGUACCAUGUUGACACUAAAAGGGCAGAAUCUGAGAUCUGGCGAGACUCAGAGGGUUUUCAUUAGCGGCGCUGAGUGCAUGAUCAGUGGGUCCCUGUGCCCAGCAGAGGUCCUGUGCUGUGUGUCUCCCAGAUCCCUCUCUCUCGGACCUUUAAAUGUCUCUGCUCUGUUGGAUGGAGCUGAGAUUUCUUCCCCAGCACAAUUCCAAUACAAGCCGGACCCACUUGUCUCUGUCAUCAGACCUAACUGCAGCCUGGCAAGUGGCACUCGCCUCACUAUACAGGGAUCAAACCUGGAUUCUGUCUCCAGCAUCAAAAUCUCGUACAGUGGUCAAAAGACGGUCAGUUCGGAUUGCCAAGGGACCUUUUCCUCUGACCGUAUUGUGUGUCGUUCUCCAGAAUACCCUUAUUUUGGCAGACCUGGAAACUUGACCUUGGCUCUUGAUGCUGUUAAUUAUAUAUACCCUUAUCGGUUCCGAUAUCUCCAGAACUAUGUCAUUCACCCAUUCCGUCCAAAAGAUCCAGAUGGGGGAAUCUUGAAGCUAAAGAAGGGCGAAGAUGAAAUCGAGACACAUCAAGAGAACUUGGAACAGGUGGCCACAUGUUUGAAAGUCUCCAUGACAGUUGGUGGAAGAGAGUGCAACCCUACUGUGCUGAAGAAUGAGAUCACCUGCAGAAUUCCCAAAGGCAUGGUUAUUCCCUCUGAAGGCUCCAUAGUGCAGGUUUGCGUGGAUGACGAUUGCACCACUGUGGGACUUGUGAUGAUUGUGAACAUGCUCGAUCCAGUGCUAGGCAUUGUACUUGGCAGCGUUGCCUCGGUCUUGGUGGUCGCAGUUCUCAUCUUCUUGCUUCUCAAACAUCAAAGAAAAAAGAAAAAGAAGCCAGCUGUGGAGGCACUGGAGCUGCUAUCAAAUAAUAACAGAGAACCUGUCUUGUCCCCAAUUUCCCUUCUUCAUGUAGACUACAGGACAUCAUAUAUACCCAGUAGCAACUCUGGAGGGAUGCUGUCCCACGGUGCAGGUUAUUCCGGAGGCAGUCUUGGUGGGGGCUCCAUGCCCAUCCUACUUACUAGUUUGCUUGACAGUCUGAGACCAGAACUGCUUGAGGAGGUCAAAGAUGUUCUGAUUCCAGAGAGAUGUCUGACAACUCAUCGGGACAGGAUUAUUGGAAAAGGUCACUUCGGGAGUGUUUACCAUGGCACCUAUGUGGAUGAAGAUCAGCAGGAGGUGCACUGUGCUGUCAAAUCUCUAAACAGAAUCACAGAUUUGGAGGAGGUGGAGGAGUUUCUUCGGGAAGGAAUUUUAAUGAAGAGCUUCCACCAUCCAAAUGUACUAUCCCUCAUUGGCAUUUUUUUGCCCCAGGAAGGGCUCCCCCUUGUGGUCCUUCCAUUUAUGAAACAUGGCGACCUGAGACAUUUCAUCCGCUGUCAGGAGAGGAAUCCAACAGUAAAAGACCUGGUUGGAUUUGGGCUGCAAGUUUCCCGGGGAAUGGAAUACUUGGCUAAUAGGAAGUUUGUACACAGAGACCUUGCUGCUCGCAACUGCAUGCUGGAUGAGACAUUCCAUGUGAAGGUGGCUGACUUUGGCCUGGCAAGAGAUGUGUUUGACAAGGAAUAUUACAGUGUCAGACGCCACAAGAACGCCAGAUUGCCUGUUAAGUGGAUGGCUCUGGAGAGUCUACAGACCCAAAAAUUUACCACUAAGAGUGAUGUGUGGUCAUUUGGAGUGCUGCUGUGGGAGCUGAUGACACGAGGAGCACCGCCGUAUCCUGAUGUAGAUCCCUACGAUAUUACUCGAUACUUGUUCCGAGGAAGGCGUCUGGCACAACCAGAAUACUGUCCUGACCCACUGUAUUCUCUUAUGCUGAGCUGCUGGAACCCACAGCCGGAGGAGCGACCAACAUUUACCCAGCUGGUCGGGGACAUGGAAGUGAUCUCCAAUUCCCUUUGUGGGGAUCACUAUAUCAAUCUUAAUGUUACCUACGUCAACUUAGAUCGCGACCAGCCUUUUCCACCCACUCACCCACCCUCGGAAGAUGAGUUGGAAGAGGAAAAUUCAUCAACAGAGGAAGAGGAGAACCCUAUAGCAUAACCCUUAGUGAUCACUAAAUCUAUAUUGCAGAAGGAGGGGGACCACUGAUUAUUCAGACAAAUCUCAGAGUUGAGCAAAUAACAAUGCUUAUUAUGGCCAAGUCCAGUCAUACUGGAUCUAUUUGCCAACCAUAAGUGAACUUUAUAGCUUUAAUUUGCACGGAUCCACUGAAGAUAUUGAAUAUGUAUAUUUCUGGAUUCUCUAGUCUUUUUAUCUUCAGACAUUUACAAUCUUACAUCAAUAUUGUAUCAUUAUGCUGGUCUACAGCGGAAUUUAAACAGGGUACGUGAUGACUUAAAGUGAAAUUAUGAUUCCCAUGCUUCUCUUUGGCAUCCAUGCUCGGUCUGGAGCACUUCCCAGGCAACAAUGGCUCACGUACAGUGCAGUGCAACCAAGCUUCAAAGACAUUCAUUCCAAAAUAACCUUAUGCAGACACUGAAAUGUUACGCGAGUGGCUCAUAUCAAAGGCAAAGACCCCCUCCGCCGUGUACGCUCUAGAACACACUGGAUGGGGCCUGGCUCUUUGAUAAUACUUGAAUUGUAUAUGACUGUAUAUUUUGUGAAUAAUUUUGUCAUUAUCUAUGUGUUAGUGUAUAUAUGUUUGCGUGUGUCUGCGUUGGUGUCAGCUAGUGUGUAUAUAUGCAUGUGACCGCAUGUUGGUAUGUACAUGUGUUUAGGAUGCGGUUUACGAGGGGAUUUUGUUUUUUUAUGGAGAUAUAUUUUUGUGACCCUGACAGAUUGAAUCAUUUCCUGUACAGAUUAUUUGGGGAAUGGAAGAUGUGUAAAAUAAACAGAAUGUUUUUAUCAUAAA